AUGUUUUGCACGAAGCUCAAAGAGCUGCAAAUAUCUGGAGAAUGUCCGUUCUCCAGCGGCGCCAGGAGCAGCGAACAGAGAGAGCCAGAGGAGCGCUCGGCAGAGGCGGACGUGCUGCCCGCCGCUAAAGAGGAGCCGCGGAGGAAAGGUGAAGAUGCGAGCCAUCAGAGGAGCACCAGGGCCAAAGUUAACCUCCACACUCUGGGGGAUAGCGUCCGCAAAUUAGCGUGCCCUGAGUUUGAAAGGCUGCACGCUGCUCUCCUCAGACUGAUGCGACAGUCAAGCCAGAGCGCGGAUGCUGCUGAGAGUUCAGUCUGCAGCUCUGGAUCAUGCAUGGAGCAGGUGGAUCAUUUAGUUGAGAUGAUGGACAGUUAUUCAACCAAAACAGAAACCCCCCCAGAAGCCGUACAAGUAGCUCUCGGCCAGCAGCUCUUUGACAUGUGUUAUGAGGAGGAUGGCCACAUUCUGCGCGUGGUGGGGGGAGCUCUUCAAGACUUCCUCAACAGCUUCAAUGUCUUGCUGAAGCAGAGCAGUCCGGACCGGACCGAAUGUGCAAACGAGCCCUCGGUUCUCUGCUUGGACAAAGACCCAGGCUUUCUCACCGUCUACUUCUUCAACCCCCGCCCCACAACUAAGCUCUUCUUUCCUGGUGUCAUCAAAGCAGCAGCUGGCAUCCUCUACCAAACCACUGUAGAUGUGCUCCUAGAUGCCCCAGGUGCCAAAGACAGCAUCCUCCAAACCAGCCCUCAGUCCAGUCUUCUCUAUACUGUCGUUGUCAAGGAUGCUAAAAGCCUGAGCCCGAGUCCGCUGCGUGCGACCUCGGCCGGGACGCUCCCUACCUCUCUUUUCUCGAACAUCUUCCCCUUCCACCUCAUCCUUGAUCAGAACUUGGUGCUGAUGCAAAUGGGCCACGCUCUCCGGAAAAGACUGACCCGGAAGGAUGGACUUAUCAAAAGAUCCGCAACCUUUCAAGAACACUUCCACAUAGUCUCCCCUCAGAUUAAAUGCACCUUCCAAGGCAUCCUCACCAUGCUGAACACGCAGUUUAUCAUUCGGAUCAGGCAUUCUAGUGCAGACAGUACAGGGAAGCUAAUGGACCUAAAGGGCCAGAUGAUCUAUGUGUCCGAGUCCAACGUGAUCCUGUUCCUGGGCUCUCCGUGCGUGGACAAGCUGGAGGACCUGACCGGCCGCGGGCUGUACCUCUCCGACAUCCCCAUCCACAAUGCCCUCCGCGACGUGGUGCUGGUGGGGGAGCAGGCCAAGGCUCAGGACGGGCUGAAGAAGAGGCUGGGGAAGGCCAAGGCGGCUUUAGAGCACGCCCACCUAGCCUUGGAGGAGGAGAAGAGGAAGACCGUGGACCUCUUGGUGACCAUCUUCCCUCGCACCGUAGCGCAGCAGCUGUGGCAGGGUCAGACCGUCCAGGCCAAGAAGUUCGACCGUGUCACUAUGCUCUUCUCCGACAUCGUGGGCUUCACGGCGGUCUGCUCCACCUGCACCCCCAUGCAAGUGAUCACCAUGCUGAACGAGCUGUACACCAGGUUUGACCACCACUGUGGAGAGCUGGACGUUUACAAGGUGGAGACUAUUGGUGAUGCCUACUGCGUGGCCGGGGGUUUACACAAGGAGAGUGAAACACACGCUGUGCAGAUCGCGCUCAUGGCCCUAAAGAUGAUGGAGCUGUCGGACGAGGUCUUGACCCCAACUGGAGAGGCCAUACAGAUGAGAAUAGGCCUUCAUAGUGGUUCAGUCUUGGCUGGAGUUGUCGGUGUUAUGAUGCCACGUUACUGCCUUUUUGGAAACAAUGUCACGCUGGCGAACAAGUUUGAGUCAUGUAGUCAACCGAGGAAAAUCAACAUAAGUCCCACAACUUACAAUUUGCUGAAGGAUCGCCCCGAGUUUGUCUUCAUUCCCAGGACUAGACAGGAGCUUCCGGCCAACUUCCCACAAGAUGUCCCUGGUGUUUGUUACUUCUUGGAGGCUUCUUCAAAAGCGUCCGCUCUGCCCCUCACAUAG